AUGGCUUCCAAACGUGCACACCGUCUCGAACAAGUAGAGAAAGGUCUAGUAAAUCUUUCUUUAGCCGGUAAUGAUAGUGAUGAUUCUGACGAUGAUUCUAAACGAAAAAAUAAUAAGAAAAAAAAUGCUCAACCGAAAAUUAAACCACCGCCACCAACGAAAACGAAUCAACCAAAACUUCAACAAUCUGAUGAUGAUGACCAAAAUGAACCAACAACAACUAAUAAUGUUCAACAACAGAACGAUUCCGAUGACGAUAAAAAACGUAACAAGAAUAAAAAAAGUAAAGGAAAAAAAAACAAUAAACAAGCCAACGAUGAUGAUGUUGAUGAUCAAGUAUCAUCGGUAAAACAAGCUGGUUCCGAUGAUGAUGAUAAUCGAAACAAGAAAAAAAAUAAAGGAAAGAAAAAUAAUAAACAAGUCAAUGACCUUGAUGAUCAAGCAUCUAGUAAACAAGCUUCUCUUCCGGCUGAUUCAGACGAUGAUGAUAAUCGAAACAAGAAGAAAACUAAAGGAAAAAAAGGUCAAAAUAAAACUAAUGAUAAUGAACCAGCUGAAUCAAAACAAAAUGAAAAUAAAUCCGAACGAAAAAAACCAAAAGGUGGUAAAAAGAAUGUAGCAUCAGAUAAUGAAGAUGAAAAUGAAAAUGAAAAUGAAAUUAAUGAUGUUCCGCCAACUGUUAUUCACAAAGAUGUUCAACAAGCUGAAGUCAACUUCUCUGAUGAAUCCGACGAUAAUACUAAAUCAAAGAAAAAUAGUAAUAAAAAACAAAAUAAGCAAAAGAAAGGUAGUAAACAGCCAACAACUAAAGUUGAUUCUGACGAUGGCGCAGAAAUCAAUACUAAACAUGAUGAUGAACCUGUUGUCAAAGAUGAACCAAUCGAACUCAAAGAAGUUUCGCAAGCACCUAUUGAAUGGAAUGAUUCUGAUGAAGAUAACAAAAAAAAGCAAAAAGGAUCGAAGAAAAAACAAAAAAAUGUUCCAACUAAUCAACAAGCGCCAACUCCUGUAACAGAAGAGCCACAACAAACUACAGUAGAAGAACCACAGCAAACUACAGUAGAAGAACCACAACAAACUACAGUAGAAGAACCACAACUAACUACAGUGGAAGAACCAGAGCCUACACCAAUAGCUCCUGUUACAGAAACAUCAACAACCAAAAAGAAAAUUUCAAGUAAAGAAUUAAAAAAAUUAUUGGCUGCUGAAGAAGAAACUCCUGCUGAUAACGAAGAACCCGAAAUUGAUGUUGAAUCAACGCAAGCAGAGUCAAGUGAUAAAAAAACGGAAAAAAAAUUAACUCGAAAAGAAUUAAAAGCUCUCGAGAAAAAAUUAGCCUUUGAAAAACUCGUUGCAUCAACGGCUGAAUCUGAUCAAUUUUCUAUAUCUCAAGCAGCAACGCAAAAUCGACAAGCACAAUUAUUUGAAACUGCUAUCGAUAUUAAAAUUGAAAAUUUCUCUAUUUCUGCUCGCGGUAAUGAUUUAUUUGUUAAUGCUAAUUUAAAUAUUGCGAAUGGUCGUCGAUAUGGUCUGGUUGGGCCUAAUGGUAUGGGCAAAACAACCCUAUUGAAACAUAUUGCUAAUCGUCAAUUGGGUAUACCACCAAAUAUUGAUGUUCUAUUGUGUGAACAAGAAGUUCAAGCUGAUGAAAAAUCUGCACUUGAAAUAUUAUUAAUAGCCGAUGUUAAACGUGUUAAACUACUCGAAGAACAAAAGCAACUUGAAGCUCAACUUGAAACAUCCAGAGAUAAUGAUCUACAAGAUAAACUACGACAUGUUUACGAUGAAUUAAAAGCUAUUAAUGCCGAUGCAGCUGAACCAAAAGCGCGCCGAAUUCUUGCUGGUCUUGGUUUUACACCGGAAAUGAUCUCUCGUCCAUCGAAAUCAUUUAGUGGCGGUUGGCGUAUGCGUAUAUCUCUUGCUCGUGCACUCUAUAUUGAACCAACAUUAUUAAUGCUUGAUGAACCGACAAAUCAUCUUGAUCUUAAUGCUGUUAUUUGGCUCGACAACUAUUUACAAUCAUGGAAGAAAACAUUAUUAGUUGUAUCUCAUGAUCAGUCGUUUUUAGAUAAUAUAUGUACGGAUGUCAUACAUUUGGAUGGAAAAAAAUUAUAUUACUACAGAGGCAAUUAUUCAUUGUUUAAAAAAAUGCUUCUACAAACACGUUCGCAACAAUUAAAAGAUUAUGAAAAACAAGAGCGUGCAUUAGAUGCAUUGAAAAAACAAGGUCAUUCAUCAAAACAAGCAUCAGCAAAAGUUGGUAAACGUGAAGAACAAAAAUCAAAAGACAAAGCUCGCGGACGAAAACAAGAAACCAAUGAUGAGGAAGUAGUCAAUAAAAAAGAGCUAUUACAAAAGCCAAGAGAAUAUCAAGUUCGAUUUCGUUUUCCAUCGCCACCUCCAUUGAAUCCACCAGUAUUAGGUUCAUUUGAUGUUUCAUUUGGUUAUGAAAAUCGUGAGACACUUUUUGAAAAACUCAAUUUUGGCAUUGAUAUGGCUAGUCGAAUUGCAAUUGUUGGACCAAAUGGUGUUGGUAAAAGUACAUUUUUAAAAUUACUAAUGGGUGUGAUAGAACCGACUCGUGGUGAAAUUCGCCGAAAUCAUCGUCUUCGUAUUGGUCGUUUUGAUCAACAUGCCGGUGAACAAUUCGAUUUAGAAUUAACAGCUAUUGAACAUUUAAGACGAUCAUUUAAUAUGCCCGAACAAGAUACAAGAAAAUCGCUUGGAAGUGUUGGUUUACCUGGUCGUGCUCAUCCUAUAAAAAUGAAAGAUUUAUCUGGUGGGCAAAAAGCUCGUGUUGCACUUUCAGAUUUAAUAGCACGUCAACCUGAUGUAUUGAUUCUUGAUGAACCUACGAAUAAUCUCGAUAUUGAAUCAAUCGAUGCAUUAGCAGAGGCAAUUAAUGAAUACAAAGGUGGUGUCAUCAUUGUUUCGCACGACGAAAGACUGAUACGUGAAACAAACUGUCAACUGUGGGUUAUUGAACACAAACAAAUCAAUGAAAUCGACGGAGAUUUUGAUGAUUAUAGAAAAGAAUUACUGGACUCAUUAGGCGAAGCUAUGAUUCAUAAUCCAAGUGCAGCAGCAGCUGCAGCUACUACUAUUUAA